AUGCAAAAAUCACAAAGACUCAUAUCCGUCCUAAUAAAAAGACACAACACCCGAGUCACCCCUCAACUUCUUCCAAUUUCUCCUAUUUCCGACGACUGUGACGAAACAAACAUAAAUUCUGAACUGUCCAAUACAAAAAGAUUUUUAUUUGACUCAAAACCUCAAAAAGAUGAAGAAAAACCUAUUAGGGUUCGCGACAUUCCUGUCGUAAACCGCAAAUAUUUAGAUGUAUGGAAAAGAGUAAGAAUAAAAAUAAAAUCAAAAUUGCUAUUGAAAGACUUAAAAAAUGAAUUAAAUUUAUAUGGAACCUCCAACCCUAUAGCUGAAGAAAUGAAAGGGUUCAGAAGAGCUGGAACAAAAGGAUUUAAGAACCAAGACACAUCUUUUAGUAUAAGUAUUGAUGAGUCGACUUCACAGCAAGAAUAUGUCCCAGUUUUUAUUCUGCAUCCUAAUGGGAGAUUUAAAGGUUAUUGAAAUAUUAUAUAUUUUUAUAUUACAUAACAUUUAAUGAUUUUUAUAAUAAAUUAUAGGAUAUUUCAUAUAAAAAUAUAUAUUUUUAAUGUUCUUACUUUUAUAUACCGCAAUUGUGAUGCCAUUUGAAAUGUCAUUUUUGAAUGAAACCAAAGGUGACGAAUGAUGGUGAACAGAUGUUUGUUUAAAUAUCUUGUUUUUCACUGAUUUCGUUAUUAAUUGUUUUACUGCGUUUUAUGAUGAAGAUAGUUUGCUUGUCACAGGCCAAGCUAAAAUUUUGAAAAAUUAUUUGAAAGGGUGGAUGAUUAUUGAUAUUGCCUCGUUUUUUCCAUUUGAUUUUAUUAUUAGUGACAACUCAGAAAAUAAUAAUGAUGGAGCUGCAAGUGGAGGGGGAAUGAAAAACCUUAUAAGGCUUCUACAAGUGCCCAAGCUAUAUAGACUGCUUAGAAUUAUAAGAAUUUUUAAAAUGUUGACACACUGCAAACGAAGCGAAAUGGUUGAUAAAAUCCAAGAAUUUUUAGGUCUAAAACAAGGAAUCACGAAAUUAUCGACAUUUUUAUUUUCUAUUUUUAUAUGCAUUCAUGUGAUUUCAUGCUUAUUUUACUAUUCUGCAAAGCUAGAAGGGUUUUAUUAUGGCACUUGGGUUGUCAAAUGAGGAUAUUUAGAUGACGAUGUCGUCACUAUGUAUAUAACUUGCAUAUAUUGAGCAGUCACAACCUUAUCAACUGUAGGCUAUGGCGAUAUUACACCUACUACAAAUUUUGAAAUAAUUUUUGCAUUAUGCUGGAUGAUGUUUGGUCUCUGUUUUUAUUCCUUCACUAUAGGCAAUAUUUCAGCUUUACUAACAGGAAUAGAUUCAAAGUAAUUUUUUAUAUAGAGAAAUGCAAUUAACCAAAAAAUUAUCAGCAAUAGACGAAUUUUCUAAAGAAGCAAAUUUGCCUAAAUCGCUUAAAACAAAGCUUAGAGACGCUUUAAAAUAUUCCACAGAAAAAAAUGGGUUUUCAUGAGUAGACAAAAAAACAAUUUUUAGUGAACUUCCGAAACAGCUGAGGUAUGAAAUUGCGUUAGCAAUGCAUCAAGGCGCUGCUAAUUCACUUUCGUUUUUUUCAGAUAAAGACCCCGUUUUUGUAUCUGCAAUAGUGCCUUUUCUUCAACACGUUUUCGUCAAAGCUGAUGAUUUCAUUUACAAAGAAGGCGAGUACUCUGAUGAAAUUUAUUUUAUAACAAAAGGAAAAGUCUGUUUUGUCCAUGGUCCAGGCCAUAUGGUUUAUAAUAGUAUAAACUCUGGCGAAUAUUUUGGUGAUAUCGGCGUUAUCAAUGAUACCCCAAGGAAAUAUUCUGCUAAAGCUAUAGUAGACUGCGAUAUUCUUACGAUGAACAAUCAAUUAAUCACAUAUAUCAGAGAAGUUUUCCCUGAAAUUUGGAGUGAAAUUGAGCUUGAGGCCAAAGAAAAAGAAGAAUAUAUAGAUGCUGCUAAAAAUCAGGUCAUAGAAUUCAUGAAACUUGAAGAAAACGGAGAAAUCGAUCAGCCCAGAAAAAGAUUGAAAACUGUAAUUAAUCACAAAAUUAAAGAAAAAAGAGGAAUUUAUGAAAAAGUUGAAGGAAAAGACGUUGCGGAAAUUGUAGAGGAGACCAAAAAUGGUAUAGAAGAGCUAAAACGGGAUAUGGAAAGGACGAGCAAUAUCAUUAUUGAGCUGCUAAAAUUGAUGAGUCAUGAGAACGGGAGCUUGAAUAUUCUGAAUAUGUACUUAAAUAGUCCAAAAAGGGAGGAGGAUACGCAAAAUGAAGCUAUGGAGUCAAAAAUAACUAAGCGGACGAGUUAG